CUUACAGUGAGUUGUAUUGAAUGGAACCGGAUGGGAAUGAGAAUGACCUGGAUGUGGUUGAAGAUUUCGCAGAGAAUUUCGCCGAGUGUAAAAAUUCAGGUAUCGGUAGUUCCCUGGGCGCAAGAUACAGCAGAAAUAAGAAGUUGCCAGAACACACGGCCCUCGAUUGGUCUGUACACAUAGAGGAGAAUGAAAUCCAGAUGUACGGAAUCUUCUGCGGUUUCAAUGGUGGGGCUGAUGUAGCGAGAUUCGUCAUGAAUAGAAUGGUUUAUGAAAUUUUCAAAGGAGAACAUCCAAUAACAAAGACAAUGAGUGUCGAAGAAGUAAAAGGCGCCCUGCAUGACAAGUUUCAAAAGGUGGAUGUUAGCUAUCUGCAAACCAGGGAAGACGAUCUCACAAAAAGAUUUUUUCUCAUGGAAGAUCCGGAGAAGAACGAAAUCAAAAAUUCGCAGAUUUCAGCACUAAAUGCAAAGAUACGUAAAGGGACCACAGCCUUCGUGGUGUUAAGACUGGAUCGCCAUCUGUAUGUGCUCAACUGCGGUACUUCGUUCGGUUUGGCUGUUCGAUCUGACCGUUCUAUUGUGCGACUGAAUCCACGCGUUCAUGACAACGAAGAUCGUGGGGAGUACGAAAGACUGGAGAAGCUGAACAUCGAUCCUGGGACGGUUUUUCGACCUACCCGCGCCCUGGGCGACUACUUCCGGCGAGACCUCUAUGAAGAACUGGAGGAGUUCGCAAAUGCCAAGGGUAGUCCUGUAAUCUCCGAUCCCGAUGUCUAUGAUCACGAGAUAGACGAGUCUUGGAAAUAUCUUAUACUGUUGUCAGACGGUGUGCUACAAAAUCUCAAGGACUGCGGUGUAGAAGACUUUACAGCUGAGGUGGCAGAAAGGCUAAAGGUGCAAACCAAUGUUCGAAGUACAGCACAAGCUCUUGUGGAUGAAUUUAGCAGGAAGCACUACUCAGCUUAUUGUCGAAGCGGUGACCAGGGAAGCAACCGAUGUGAAGAAAUGACCGUUAUCUUCGUGCAGUUAUGGGAUACGAACAAGCUUGUUGAUAUGUCGUGUGGCUCUUUCACCGACUCUUUGGAUGCGACAAACUCGUUAUUGACCGGACCACUUGCUCCAUAUACUCUUAACUAUUAUCUCUUGAUAGCGAUGGAUCUUCUUGCUAUCCACUAUUUUCGCAGAAUAUUUUUUACGUCAUUACUGUACAUGGUAUUAAUCCCAUCCUGUGUAUGUGUAUAUGGAGAUGAUCCUUCUGUGCAAGAACUGGAUAUGUUUGAAUGGUCCUCUGGCAUACGGGUUGCUUAUUGCGUAGAUGCACCAUUGCCAGAUCUGUUAUCGCCGUUUCGAAGAACUUUUUCAAAAGUUGCCACUAAAUACUGCCACAACAUCACCGCAUGCAAUCUGAAGGAACAAUUAGUGUUCGGACCCGAACACAUCAUGUUCGUCGAGGGAUUCCCCAGAAGAGAAUAUGGAGCGAUACAUAUCAAAUUCUAUGUGGUUUUCCCUCAUAAUACAGUAGCAGCUUCAAAACAGCCUCGUCCGCUUCUACCGAGAGCUGUGCUGUCAGAUAUCAUCUCUAAACACCUUAAAGAAAUUUCCGACCGUCUCGGCUGGUCAAUAAUAAGUUACGAGAAGUAUCCACGAUUUGAUUCCAUGACUGAAUUUAUGAACAUUGCUAUCAUACCAAUUGUGAUAUUCUCUGUCCCUUUGAUGAUCUUCCUAGCAUAUUGGACGUCUUCAUUGAGACCUAACAUGUCAUCCGAAGCAUGGCUUGUGACAGGUGCAACUGGAGGAAAGAACGCAGCUUUGAGACGGACCAUGGAAAUUAUCGCUGAGCAAAAUGCAGAGAUUGACAGGCAAAAUCGUAUGGAACUUACGAAGCAUGCAGUAAUAACAGGAGGACAUGAAGGAAUAACGUCCUCCGGUCAAAUGCUUCUCAAUGUGGCAAGAUCGUCACUUACUUCCACAAUGGGCCCUCAAGUUCCGCAGCCGAGCGAUUCACGUUCGUCUCCACCGCCGCCUUCAUCUCCAAAGAUAGUAGUCAUUCCAUCCAGCAGUGACAGCGAGACCAGCAGAAAUCCGCCAAUGUCCGUCUCUUCACCUCGUGGAAGUAUUGCCACAAUUCAGGUGCCAGCACCGCAGUUGCUCAGUGUAAGAAGUCCUCGAAAGCAUUCGCGGCGUCAAUCUUCCGUCGAGGACGUUAAACAGGCGAGAAGAUCGCGGAACAUCCGUUCUCAUUCGCAGGCUAAGCCAUGGAAAGCUGGCAGUCUCAUGUUGGGAGGAUUUGCCCGUAGAAACGUGGAAUAGUCUCUUCUGUCAGUGUCACUCUCAGGGAACAUACUUAGCUUUUUGUGAAAUUGAAAGAACACAGCAUCUUUUCCGUACGGUGCUGAACAGAAGAUUUUCCCCUAUGUCACCAGAACACAUGAUACCACGCUUUGUCACCCUGUGUUAUUGUUCUAGGUUGUUUUACAAGGUUGCAUUCAGAGUUGCCCAUGUGCCAGCGCCGUGCUAGCCGUAAUAGCACCCACUGGACGCACCUCAUAUUGGAUCGACUGCGCGGUACACCUCAAGCACGGAGCUGGUACGGGAAACUCUGAACCUAGUCUUAGAGUGAAACGGGUGGAGCCCGUCUCCCAAGCAUACGUAACCACUGAGGACUGGAAAAGUGAACACCAAAAAGUUCAGCUGUUUCUGCAUGAACUGAAACUCGAGCUGCAAUAUAAU